UGAAUUUUGCCAUUUGUACUCGAGAAAAAAAAAUGAAGAAAUAUACGUGCGGAGGAUGUUUGUUUGCUUGUGACAGUGUUUUAGAUCUUCAUCUCCACUUACUACAGCAUCCAGGGGGAGGGAGCUACUUAUACAGGAAUGAUCUAAGAACAGCUUUCCCUAAGCAGUCCAUUGUGAGUUGUGGCACUCAGACACUUUCUUCCAACACAGUAUCUAAAGAAGUGCAGACAUAUGAUCUAUCUGUAAUAAAUGAAUCUGAAAUUAAAGAAGAAGAAGUUGUUGUACCAGAUGAAACUAUAGUUAAAGCGGAAGUUGAUACUGACGACUUGACAGAUACCAAUCAUUUGGAGAAUUACACGCAUGUUGACAGCCUUGUAAUAAAUCAUAUUCAAGAUUUAGAAAUCGAAUACGAACACACAGAUAAAGAUGUAUCACUGCCAAGUGUCAGUAAUGAAUUAAGCGAUAGUAUUUAUAUUGAAAAACUACAUUCGCUUUGUGAUAAAUCAGUCAGCGAUGUUGCCAUCACAAAAUACCUCUUGCAGCCUAAUAAAGGCUUUGAUGUACAUACGGACACAUCAGUCAAUGAUGGUAGUUACCAAUUUGUAGGUGACAAGAAGAGAAGAUCAAAACGAAUAAAAUGCAAACAAAUGUCUAUAGAUGAUACUGCAAACAAAGACACAAUGCUUAAUAUUGAUAGGGAAACAAAUGGAAUUAAGAUAAGAGUUAAAAGCAAAACUUACCAAACAAAUUCUGUCUUUGAUGAGUCUACAGACACGUGGCUAAAUAGUGGGAAUGACAUGUCAGAAGAUAAGUCAAAGGAAAGUGUUGACAUGGAGAAAAGCGAACUAAAAAACUGUAAUAAUCUGUUAAAAGGAAAUACUGGAAGGAAGUUUCCACUACUUAACUCUCAGUUAGCGUGCCGUAUUUGUGAAAAAGCUUUUUCUAACAGAGCAAGCUGGGAAAUGCAUAUUGAAGAUAAACAUUAUCAUGAAUAUGAUUUACAGUGUGGGAGUUGUUUCCUACCUUUUGCAAGUGAAAAAGAAACUUCCUCUCACAAUUGCAGCAUGUCAUUUGUAUUGACACACAGUUGUCUCAUCUGCAAAGGUAAAAAAGAAUACAGACACAAAUCAAGUCUUAAAAUGCAUAUAAAACGUGAGCAUGAUAAUAUUUUCCCGUUGAAAUGUGAAAUAUGCUACAAACUAUUGGUGUCAGAGUUGGAGCAAAGACAACACGGAGCUGAACACGACCCAUCAUCAAAGAGUUGUAAAUUGUGUAACAAAAGUUUUAAAAUGUUAGUUAAUUUGGAUGAUCAUGUGCUGAAGCAUGAUGGAAUAUUAAGAUACCGUUGUCACUUAUGUGAUAAAUCUUUGCAGUACAAAUAUUCUUUAUCACUGCAUCUCGCUACGAAACAUGGAGUUGGUGUAGAACAGUGUAUCUGUGAAAACUGUGGACGUUCGUUUCUACAUCCAGACCUUUUAAGUAAACAUGCUCGAGAAACUUGUGCUAAAACAAAACGUAAAGUUUUCUGUGAUCUAUGCAACAAAUGGCUUAACAUCACUUCGUUGAAGAGUCACAGACGAAUACAUUCUGGAGAAAAGCCUUACGUGUGUGAGAAAUGUGGAGAUAAGUUUGUUAGAAGUGAUGAGCUGAGAAAUCAUACAAAAUAUAAACAUACCUUCGAGAAAAACUAUAAAUGCACACAGUGUGAGAAGGCUUUUGUAGAACGCCGUACGCUUCAACGACACGAAAGAGUUCAUCUUAAAAUUCGCCUGUAUAGCUGUGAUUACUGUGGGAAGCCGUUUUCAACAAACUGGAAUUUAAAAGCACAUAUGAGACAGCAUACAGGGGAAGCCCCAUAUAAUUGUUCUAAAUGUGGUGCGGGUUUUGCCCAUAAUGUUGUACGGAAAACACAUGAAGCGAAGUGUGAGGUCAAAUGUGAAUAGCGCAAAGUGUGAGGGCAACUAUUGGCAAAUGUGAAUUUAUCAAAGUUAAGAGUGCAAAGGUGAUUGAAGCGAAGUGUGAGGACAAAUAUAGAGCAUCAUCAUUCUAAACAAAGUACCAUAAACAAAGUAUUUCAAGAGAAAUAAUAGUAUGUUUGUACAUAUAUAAGAAAAAUAAAGAAAACUUGAACAAAUAGAAGUAUAUGUAAUAGAAUUAUUGAUUCAAAUUGGACUAUCUUAAUUCCAAAUUAAAAGUAUUUCAGAAUCCCGUGAUAUGUUUGCUACUAAUACCAUAAAAGUAAGGACAUUAUGUAUAUAUAGAAAACUAUCUUGUUUUAAUUAC